UCUUUGAUCAGGUAAGCUUCCAACCCUUUCACUUCUGCUAUUUCCCAGUUCAGAAAUCUCGAUAUUUACCAAUCAAAGCUGUUAACUUUCUGCUGCAAAUCAAGCACUUAGCUGCCCAGUAGCAAACUCACUGAUACCUCUGAUCUGGGUUCUUCCAAAAGUCCAUGAUCCAAUUGUUGUCGCCAGCACCCUGAGCAAAAUAUGUCUGGUACAAACAUGGAGGAGGUUAAGGACCAAGAGGUUGCUGAUAGCACUCCAAUGGAUCUAGGUGAUGGUGACAAUGCCGGGGUAGACCCAAAAGCUUCAAAUGAAAAUCAUGGAAAUCCCAUGCCUUCAGCCCAGCAGGAGGAGGCAGCAAUUAAGAAAAAGUAUGGAGGCAUACUGCCAAGGAAGACUCCCCUAAUAUCCAAGGACCAUGAGCGUGCUUAUUUUGAUUCUGCUGAUUGGGCACUUGGAAAGCAAGGUGCAAAGCCGAAAGGGCCGCUGGAAGCACUCCGCCCAAAGCUGCAGCCCACACCGCACCAGCAAGGGCGUUCAAGGCGCUCAGCUUAUUCUUCUGGAGGCGAAGGUGAUGAUGGCGGAAAUAUGAACAUUUCAUCGGAGGACCAACUAGAUGGUGGCAGCGGUGACAACACUGGCGAUGAGGAUCAGACCCGCCACCACGAGUAGCUGCUGCCUCCCACAUCUUCGCAAAUUAGAAGCCGAGGAUUUGAUCAUUAGUAAAAUACCAGAUCGAAGAAGAUAAACAAUCCGAAUUUUCGUACUGGUUUUGUAGCAUGUAUAACAUAUUGAAUCAUGUACACACUCAUGGACACAUGAUGUUCAUUUGCUUAAAAUUGCAUUCUUUUUGUUUGAUCAAACAAUAUAUUUGUUA